UUCACAUAAGAGCGAUGGCCUCCAAUAAGAGCUAUGGCCUUCAACCUAAGAGUGCAUGCCCCCAGCCUAGUAGCAAUGGCCUCCAACCCAAGAGCGAUGGGCUUCAACCUAAGAGCGAUGGCCUCCAACCCAGUAGCGAUGGCCUCCAACCUAAGAGCCUCCAACCUAAGAGCGAUGGCCUCCAGCCUGCUAGCGAUUGCCUGCAACCUAGUAGCAAUGUUCAACCUAGUAGCGAUGGCCUCCAACCAACUAGCGGCGGCCUCCAACCUAAGAGCAAUGGUCUCAUACCUACGCGCGAUGGCGUUUAACCUAGUAGCGAUAGCCUCCAACCUAGUAGCCAUGGCCUCCAACUCAAGAGCGAUGGCCUCCAACCUAAGAGCGAAGAGCUAAGGGGUAAGAGCUAAAGGGUAGGUGCGGUCGCUUCGGUCAGAGGCCUUGUGCUUGUUGGGAGCCUUGGCUGAGGAACGGGUAUUUAAAGUGCAUCGCUACUAACAAGUGCAUCGCUACUAGUAACAAGUGCCUUACUAGUAGUGCCUUACUGAGGAACGGGUAUUUAAAGAUUGGAGGCAGAAACUACUCCGAAUCCCUCCGGGCGCUGGUCGCGAACUUGCACAAGAUGCAGCCCUUGGUCGUGGAGGAGGUGCCUGCCACUGGGCUUCAGCGUAGCAAAAACUUCACGACGGCGAUUCAUUGUGUUCACUUGGCAUUUGCGUCUGCAGUGCCUGUCGAUCCACAGCAGCGAAACGAAGAGUUCUACCAGGAGCUCUCAAAGGCGCUGUUGGUAGCGCAGUACUUCGGUGCAAUGAAACGCGCGGUGGAGAAAGCUGAGCUCAAAGGCAAGCAGAAGAUUUACUUGGUUCCGCCCGGUGAUUGGGGCGACAGAGGUGACAACUACUUCUCAUUUUUGGCUUUAAGCAUCUCCGAAGCGGUCGGACUCUUGAAGACGGAAGACUUCCAGAAGUUAGAUGUGCGGGUAUUGCUGGAGGAUGCGGAUGAGCAGAAGAAACUCUCUGCUGAGAUUCGAAACAAAGAGCUUUACGACACAUCUUGAGCCUUCCCAAAGUGGCAAGAAGCUGCUGGAUGGGCUCCGAAUGGUCGACCCUUCAUGCUGCAGGGCGCCCUGUGGACAA